AGGUGCCGCUCGUUGGCGGCUUAUUACCGUAAUGCCGAGUAUGAACAAAAUUAGGGGCGGCUGGUUUGACUUCAUUUGGCUCGAGUCGGUGGCCUGCCGUAAAGGAUCAUGGGUAAUACAUCUCCUUUCCCUUCUCGCCGUGCGGGAGGAGGGACGAUCGUGCUUCAGCAAAUCUUCCUGAAUUUGGACCGAAUGUUGCGAAUCCUCGACGCUUGACGCCCCUGAUCGCGACUUUAGUGGACUAAAACAGCAUUCGUGCAAUCUUCGUGUCCGGUUGGAGUCGUCGCGUGCACGUUGAAGCUUCUCGGCCUAGCUUAGCUUAGCUUAGCUUGCUAACAAAGAGACACGUUUGUGAGCAAGACUUCGCUAAGCAGAGAUCAAGCGUCAGUGUUGCGAUCGUCGUGUGAAAAUGUGUGCAAGGAGGACAGCAGAGUACGAGGAGGAACUUUGUGGCCCAAAAGAGGAGAAGGAGCCACAACGUCAACUACUGGACGCUGCGUUCAAUCUGCAGCCUCGAAUUGUGCUACGCAGAGCAGACGUCAGUGAAAAUCUUCAUCCUGAGCAGCAGCAGUCAGUGUCCCCUCACAUCAAAGAGGAGGAGGAAGAGUUCCUUCACAUGAAAGAGGAAGAGCAGGAGGAAAUCAUCAAGGUUCCAUCGACUGGUGUCCCUUUGAAGAGUGAAGAUGAAGGUCGAAGUGAGGAGAGACGAGGGGCGGAGCCACCAAACAGCAACAGCUCAAGUGAUGGAGACCACUGUGGAGGAUCACAAACAGACGGUGAUGAUGAUGUUGAUGAACAGUUGGAAGGUGAUAUGACAUGUCACACUGCCAAUAAAUGCUGGAAAUGUUCUAAAUGUAGGAAAACCUUUGCUUCUAAGAGCAAUUUCAAACAACACAUGAAAAUACACACUGGUGAGAAACCUUUUGCAUGCUCAGUUUGUGGUCAAAGAUUCUCCCGAAAGGGAACCUUAAAAAUACACACAAGAACGCACACUGGUGAGAAACCUUUUGCAUGCUCAGUUUGUGGUCAAGGAUUCUCUCACAAGGGACAUUUGACACAUCACGCAAGAACACACACUGGAGAGAAGCCCUUUGGCUGCUCAGUUUGUGGGCAAAGAUUCUCUGAAAAGGGAACUUUACUAAAACACACAAGAACCCACACUGGUGAGAAACCUUUUGGAUGCUCAGUUUGUGGUCAAAGAUUCACACAGAAGGGAAGCUUAAAAAUACACACAAGAACGCACACUGGUGAGAAACCUUUUGCCUGCUCAGUUUGCGGUCAAAGAUUCUCCCGAAAGGAAAGCUUAAAAAUACACACAAGAACCCACACUGGUGAGAAACCUUUUGGAUGCUCAGUUUGUGGUCAAAGAUUCACACAGAAGGGAUACUUAAAAAUGCACACAAGAACCCACACUGGUGAGAAACCUUUUGUAUGCUCAGUUUGUGGGAAAAGAUUCCCUCACAAGCGACAUUUGACAGGUCACACAAGAACACACACUGGAGAGAAGCCCUUUGGCUGCUCAGUUUGUGGGCAAAGAUUCUCUGAAAAGGGAACUUUACUAAAACACACAAGAACCCACACUGGUGAGAAACCUUUUUCCUGCUCAGUUUGUGGUCAAAGGUUCUCUGUGAAGAGUAACUUAAAAAUACACACAAGAACACACGCCGGUGAGAAGCCUUUUGCAUGCUCAGUUUGUGGUCAAAGAUUCUCCCAAAAGGGAAGUUUAAUAACACACACAAGAACACACACUGGUGAGAAGCCUUUUUCCUGCUCAGGUUGUGGUCAAAGAUUCUCUCGUAAGGCUCGGGUUAAGACACACAAGUGUCCUGGUGAGACAAACAGUGAUCAAGAAGCUUUUAAUGGAAAUGUAAAUGUUUAAUAUAAAAGUAAUGACUAUGUUACUGACAUAAAUCUACAUGCUUGUAUUCUGUGUACCAGCUUUUAUUGUAUGUAUCUUCUUCUUGUCCGUAUAGUUUCUAAAAGCCCCGUGAGUGUUGAGAAUGAACACUGUUGCCAAAAUACUUAAAAGGGACAAGUUAAAGGUGGUGGGAAAGAGGGCGGCUGUGGAUCAGUAGAGCGGGUCGUCCAGUGACCGAAGGGUCGCCGGUUCGAACCCUGGCUCCGACUGUCCGUAUGUGGAAGUGUCCUUGGGCAAGACACCGAACCCUAAUUUGCUCCCAGUGAGCCUGGCAGCGCCUUGCACGGCAGCAGCCGCCCAGUGGUCUAUGAAUAUGUGUGUGAAUGUGAGGCUUAAUAGAGCACUUUGGGCACUGUGAUCGUGAAGAUGAAGCGUUACAUAAGUGCAGUCCAUUGGCCAUUUAGCAAAAGUGAGAACAUGGACACGUAUUCCAUGGUGCUGGAAUUAUAAAUGUCUACAGGAAAAAAAUGCCUCCAAAAUAAACUCGGUCGUAAUUUGCUAAAAUCAUUGAGGUUAAUUUUUUUCUCCUCCUUAAUGUACACACAGCACCCCAUAUUGACAGAAAAAAGCGGAAUUGUUGAAAUCUUUGCAGAUUUAUUAAAAAAGAAUAACUGAAAUAUCACACAGCCAUCAGUAUUCCGACCCUUUGCUCAGUAUUUAGUAGAAGCGCCCUUUUGAGCUAAUACAGCCAUGAGUCUUUUUGGGAAUGAUGCAACAAGUUUUUCACACCUGGAUUUCCUCAUCAAGUCCGAUCAGGAUAAUCUAACAAAGCUGGACUCCGAUGAAGGUGGAGAACCAUUUGAAGGAUGAUCAGACGAAAUGGACAGCACCCGAGUUCAAUAUAUGAGUGUCACAGCAAAGGGUCAGUUCUUCUUUUUAAAUAAAUCAGCAAAAAUUUCAAUAUGGGGUGCUGUGUGUACAUUAAUAAGGAGAAAAAUUAUGUGAUUUUAGCAAAUGGUUGCAAUAUAACACAUAUAAAGUUUAAGGGGGGUCCGAAUACUUUCCGUACCCACUGUAUGUGUGUAUGUAUCGAUCAAAUAUAUGUAUAGAUCACAAAUUUGUUUCUGCAGAUGGCAUUGUGUGACAGAUGUGGACUGUCAUAAUGUCGGACGACCCAUAACGAAGGUCUCCUGUCCCGAAACUGCGGCUGAUCUGAUUUGAGCUUAUCUGAUCCAUAAAAGCUCAAAUAUUGGGCUGAUCAUUAUAAUAUUAUUAUUUAUAAAAGUUUGAAGCUGUCAUGGGUAGAAAUGUCUGCAUAUAUUUUGGUGAUGAUUGUUGACAGUUGUGGGACAUGAAGCCACGUUUCUUGGGUUCAUGCAUGAGGCUUGCAAGGAUGUGGUGCUCGCCCGGCGUGUUUGUGUCAUUUUAAUGAUGUCGUCCGCAUCCAUCCCAAUCCAUAAGUUUGCGUUUUUUAUUUUUUUUUAUUUGUCAAGCACAUUAAAGUCGUGAUUUGAACAUAAUUUCGGAGUACGAGCUGUUGUUCAUGUGAUGCAAUGAUAUAUGACAGCAAUGUAAGAUAUCCAACGUAAUACCAGCUUGAACAAGGCGGUGUUUGGAAACUCAAGCAAUUUCCUGAAAAGUUGUCAUUUUGAAGGUGAGGGGAUUCCACCUGACAGCUGCGAUAUACAAAUAUGACCAAUUACUGCCACUUCAUAGUAUGGUACAUUCCUUUUCCCACACCAGCUAUGCCAGUGCUUUUCAAUUUUCUAUUUUGUUGAUGAAAAAGGGGUGUUCGAAAGGGGAUUAGUUCUUUACCAAUUGCUCCAAAAUGUAUUGAUAUUAUUGGAAAUGAGUGCCAGUUUCAUUUUCUUGAGCAUGCAUGCAUUUUGUCCAAUGUUUUAGUGAUGUCAAUAUCAAAUAAGUGAAUGAUUGAUUGAAAUAGACUAAAAAAAAACUGACUUUUGGUGCUAAACUGUAACGUGUAUAUGUGAUCCUGAAUAAAGUACACUGCUUAAAACAUUGA